UAUUUGUACGAUGUCCGACACAAAUGCAACAUCGGCAUCGCAGGAAGAGAAUGUCCUUAAGAGAAAGUCAGAUGAUGUGGGAUGGGAGUACGGGAGUCUAGCUGAUGCUUCCAACAAGGAUAAAGUGAAGUAUAUGUUCUAUAACCAUGUGAGCACGGGAGGUGUUUAUCGUCACAAGCAGCAUGUGGCUCAUAUUGGUAAUGUUGUGGUCAAAUGCAAGAAAAGCUCUCAGGAAGCUAAAGACAGGUGCAAGAAAUCUCUUGAGGAUGCAUCUAAUAAGAGGAGGGAAAAGACUGCCCGUGAGCAAGAGCUUAGACAAAGUGUGAACAUUUCUCGCGUUGGAGAUGAAGAAGCUGCUCAUAUCGGAAGCACAGAGCCACACAAAUUAGGUCCUAUUGACAAGUGGGCACAGCCUAUUGAUCCUAAAUUGACUCAAGCUGAAGCCUUGCAUCAACAGAAGAUAAACAAGGAAUUUUGGAAAAAGAGAACACAUGAAGUGCAACAGUAUGUGGCUAGAUGGGUGUACAAUCAUGCUAUACCAUUCAAUGCUUGUGACAACGAUGAUUUCAAGUUAAUGUGUGAAGCCAUUGGGAGGUUUGGUCCUGGAUUUGAGCCGCCAUCUAAACAUGACCUUCGAGAGACUUUGCUGAGUGAGGAACAUGCAAGAGUGAAGAGUUUGCUGCAAGAACGUGAUGCUGAAAAGAUGAAGAAUGGCUGCUCCAUUAUGACUGAUGCUUGGUCAGAUAGGAAGAGGAGAAGCAUAAUGAACUUGUGCACAAACAAUGCUGAUGGUUCUAGUUUUAUAAGUUCGAGUGAGAUGUCGGCUGUAUCGACACAAGUGAAGUCAUCUUCCAAUUAGUGGAUGAAGCAAUUGAAGAAGUAGGUCCUGAAAAUGUGGUCCAAGUAGUGACUGAUAAUGCUUCUAAUAACAUGGGGGCAAAGAAGAUGUUGUUGGAGAAGCGGCCGAACAUGUUUUGGAGCUCUUGUGCGACGCACACCAUUAACUUGAUGUUGCAAGGAAUUGGCGAUCUGCCAAGGUUUAGUAAGGUACUUGAAAAAGCAAAAGCAUUCACUAUCUUUGUCUAUGGGCACACACGGACCUUGGACUGCAUGAGACACUUCUCUUCAGGGAAAGAGAUCAUAAGGCCACGGGUCACUAGGUUUGCUUCUGGUUAUCUAACUUUGGAAAGCCUUCUAGGAAAAAAG